UCUCCCUCUCCCUCUCUUAUCCUUCUCUCUCUCUCUCUCAAAUUAUAUCCGUACUUGCUCUGUCUGUCUCUCUCUCUCUCUCUCUUAUAUACAUAAACACAAACACUGUUCCCUUAUUUCAGAGAGAAACAACUGAUAAGUGUCUCUUCCUUCUUCUUCACCACUGCUCUAAACUAGAAUCAAUCAACAGCAACCGAAGAAAAAGAAGAGAAAGAGUAGAGAUACUAAGAAAGAAAAAGGGGAAAGAAAAAAGGAAAAAGAAAAAGAAAAGAACUGUUACAGAAUCAGAUAUAUUAAUUUGCAUAUAUAAAUAUCUGUUUCGGAGAAAGAGGGGAUAAUAAGUAAGGUGCAAGUGUUAGUGUCUGGCUUGUUCUCGGGUCUUUUCUUUUUCAUGAGAGUUAUAUUCUUCCAAAGAAUGAAAGAAAAGGGAAUCAAUGAGUUGAAGCUUUAUCUAUGAUCAAGUUUUCAUCUUCGCACAAGAUAUCAACUUUUUCUGCUGCUGCUUGUCGUUUAGCUAUUUAGUUUUUUUUUUUUUUCCCUGUUUGGGUGCCCUCUUUAGCUCUCGCUUCCUUUGGGUCCUGGUUUAUAGAGAGAGAGUGUGCGAGCCAUCUCCCAUGGCUGGUACUAACGAAGUCAACCUCAAUGAAUCUAAGAGGGUAGUUCCUUUGAACACAUGGGUUCUCAUCUCAAAUUUCAAGCUAGCAUAUAAUCUCCUUCGACGCCCAGACGGAACAUUCAAUCGUGAUUUGGCGGAGUUCCUUGACCGUAAAGUUAAUGCCAACACCAUCCCAGUUGAUGGUGUUUUCUCUUUUGAUCAUGUUGAUAGAGCCACAAGCCUUCUUAACCGGGUUUAUCUACCUGCUCCUGAAAAUGAAGCUCAGUGGGGCAUUGUUGAGCUUGAGAAGCCUUUGAGUACUAGUGAGAUUGUCCCAGUUAUUAUCUUUUUUCAUGGUGGAAGCUUCACUCACUCCUCUGCCAAUAGUGCUAUCUAUGACACCUUUUGUCGCCGUUUAGUGAGCACUUGUAAUGCCGUUGUUGUAUCUGUCAACUAUCGUAGGUCGCCUGAAUAUCGGUAUCCUUGUGCAUAUGAUGAUGGUUGGGCAGCUCUAAAGUGGGUUAAAUCAAGAACUUGGCUUCAAAGUGGAAAAGAUUCAAAGGUUCAUGUAUAUUUAGCUGGAGAUAGUUCAGGUGGUAAUAUAGCUCAUCAUGUAGCAGUAAGAGCAGCAGAAGCUGAAAUUGAGGUAUUGGGUAAUAUACUUCUUCAUCCAAUGUUUGGGGGGCAUGAAAGAACUGAAUCAGAGAAGAGGUUAGAUGGGAAAUAUUUUGUAACAAUACAAGAUCGUGAUUGGUAUUGGAGAGCAUUUCUACCUGAAGGGGAAGAUAGAGAUCAUCCGGCGUGCAAUAUAUUCGGUCCUAGGGCCAAAAAUCUCCAACAACUUAAGUUCCCCAAAAGUCUAGUUGUUGUGGCUGGUUUGGAUCUUGUCCAAGAUUGGCAAUUAGCUUAUGUUGAAGGGCUCCAACAAGCUGGCCAUGGAGUGAAACUUCUUUAUCUAAAACAGGCUACAAUAGGGUUCUACUUUUUGCCAAAUAAUGAGCACUUCUAUAGCCUCAUGGAGGAGAUUAGAAGCUUUGUCAAUCCUAACUGUUUAUAGACUUCUACUUAACCUUACCUACAGGCAGCCAAAAUACAUAACAGAAGCUUGACACAUCAUUUGGGUUCUCUGCUUUUUCUCUUUUCUGCGCUCCUCUUUUUUUCUUUCUGCAGUGAUAUGGUGUGUAGUUAUAAGAUUGUGUAGUAUUUUUAUAUCUUACCAUGUCACCACAGGAGGAGUGGUGAUAUGAGUUCUGUAUCUUUGGGGGGACUAGUCGUCUCUUGGUCUGAAGAGUACUGAUUGUCUUUCCAGCUGAGAAGGGGCCAGGCUAGUUUCAUGAGAUGCUGAGGAUCGGAACAUGUUAGUGGUGUUCAACUAAGCCACCAGAUAUAGAAUUAAAGACUUGCCCUGAUUCACUUCCGGCCAUAAAUAAUGGAGGAGUAAAACAAGUGUUGGGGUAAUGUUUGGUGGUGAUUUUUAGUAAAUUAGUAAAUUUUACAAACACUAAUUUCAGAAACAUGGAAUGGAAUAUAUCCAUCUUGUUAUGAACUUGUAUGUUAUACUUAUGUUGUAGAAAUAUAUAUAAAUAUAUAUAUAAAAGAUUUUGUUUGCUUUUAA